UGUUGUCCAGGAUACGAAGGGAAGCUUUGUCCGAAAGGGAAAUUGUGAGCCCUCUUAAACCUUUCUUUUACUGUUUAUGUUUAAUUAAAGAGACAAAUACAUUCAAAUGACAGCUCUAGUUAAUUAGAUAGAUUUUAGCGGCUUAACUAUGCAUGCAAUCCUUAUAGUCGUACAUAAACUUUAAGCUUCGUGACUAGUGGCUCUCGGCCAAUCUAUUGGUAAGGCACUCACUCUUACGUGCGGACACUUUUCUAGUGAAAGAACAUUGGCUGGGGUGUGGACAUGUGGCAUUGGCGAAGAUAUGGCAGGUGUUGGAAGUGGAUAUGUUCGCUCGACAUUGUCUGUGGUGUCUGCGCUUGAGGCAGUCGUGGUACGCAGUUUCGGACCGAAUGGUGGCGUGGUACUAUUCACUCGCGACACUGGAGAAGUUUUGCUCACCCGUCACGGGCAGAAGAUUCUAAACUCACUGCAUUUGGAACACCCAAUUGCCAGAAUGGUUGUGGAUUGCAUUCAGGCACACUGUUCAGUGGCAGCGGAUGGCUCCAAGUCCUUUCUACUUCUGCUAGCCUCUCUGCUUAGAAGGAUCCAUGCGCACAGCAAAGCAUGCAAGGAAAUGUCAAACGCCCGUGCCCGACACCUGGCCAAUCAGCUACUGCGCCUCUGUUAUGAUGGUCUGGAUGACAUCAUCGUGCAUCAGGUGAUGCCACACGCCUCCUCACUGUACUCCUCCGGUUACCGUGGUGACACUCUGGAGGGGCUGGUUCGUGGAUACAUGGCGGGAAGAGUUGGGAUUGGUCAGGCUGAAGUUCUCGUGCCAAUCAUCUGUCAGUUUUGCCGGAAAUGGAAUGUGGGCCAGGGCAUGGCAGAGCCAAUCAGAUUCAUCCACAAAAACUUCCCUCUGCUGCACUCCACAGUGUUGGGCUUGCCUAUUGGUCGGUCGUGUGUGCAGGAAGGGUUUCUUCUGGGCUGUGAUUGGACAAUGUUUUUUGAGCGUAAGAGUGAAGAGCCAAUCAGAGUGCUGGUGUUGAAUGAGAGUGUGUUUGUUGUGAACGAAGCGGUGAGUGUGUUUGAGAACUAUGUGUGUGACAGCCAUGCAACUGUGCAUCGGCUGUGUGUGUGUGCCGAAGAGCUCGAUGUGUGUGUGCUCCUCUCUCCGGUGAAGUGUCCAGACCUCCUCCUGCAGCAGGCUCAGCAGAAGCGGCUCUGUGUGGCUGAGUGUGUGGACCCGCCUCUUCUGGACCUUUUCUGCCAGCUCAGCCAAUCACAGCCUGCCCCUGUGGGUCAUGUCGCCACAGUGACAUCAGUCAGCCGCGUUGUGUUGGGAGGACAUCGGUUGGGCUGUGUUGGGCUCACACCAACACACACUUCUCACUCGUCCAGCGAGCACAUCUUACACCCACACACACUUCUGCUCUGUGCCCCCGGGCCAGGCUCGCUGGAUCAGUGUGUGAAUGCGUGUCAGGGAGUCUUCACGAUGCUGCGCAGUGUGUGUGAGGCUGAACGCACGCCUCAGAACUCUCUCCCUGACCAAUCAGAGGAGACACCACUUCAUCCUGUCCAAUCACAGCCCUCCAACGACAAAUCAGAGCCAUCAAUUCCUGCUCCUGCUCCUACUCCUGACCAAUGGCAUCGGCUUCUGCAUGCUGGGCAUGUGGUUCCAGUGGGUGGAGUUUUUGAUGUGCUGUUUCAUCACUUCCUGUUGUCCUCUGAUUGGGUAGCUGAGCCUCAGGUACGCAGCUUAUUGGCUGAGUCUGUUCUUAGCGUGCCCAGAACGCUCCACUCUCACAAGCCCCGCCUCUUCAUGCAGUUCCAGGCCUCCUUACUGGACGAGCUCCGCUCUGGCCCCUCCCUCAAGCCCUGGUCAGGUGGGGUGGAGAGUGUGUCCUGUAAACAACAGCUUCUGGCCUCUGUGCUGCAGUGUGUGUGCACGCUGCUCUCCGUGGACAGAGUUCUACACACACACUCACACUCACACAUAACGAAGACAUCACGCCAUGGGGAGGACGAUGAGGUUUGAGGUGUGUUAUUGUAUUUCUGUUGUG